UUCUGUUUGCAGUACAUGAAUACCCACUUCCAAGCACUCUUUUGCCUGUUAGCGAAGCCAUUGUCGUCCACAAAUUUACAAGCAAAGAUGGAAGCUUUCAUGAUCGUCCGCAUUCUUCUACCCAUCUUGCUUCUUUCACUCACCUCCCUCUCUCCAAUCCAGAACUUUCAGGACCCAACUUACGCAACGCAGCUCCAAAGCUCAGCCCAGCAAGACAAAGACUGGUUGGUCUCAGUACGAAGGCAAAUUCACGAGUACCCAGAGCUCAAAUUCGAAGAACAUAAUACCAGCGCUCUCAUCCGCAGAGAACUCGACAAGCUUGGCAUCCUUUACAAAUACCCAAUUGCCAAAACCGGCAUUGUUGCCCAAAUCGGCUCGGGUUCUCCUCCAAUUGUCGCUCUUCGAGCAGACAUGGACGCCCUGCCUUUGCAAGAGCUUGUUGACUGGGAUCAUAAGAGCAAGAUUGAUGGUAAAAUGCACGGGUGCGGACAUGAUGCCCACACGACAAUGCUCCUUGGUGCUGCCAAGUUGCUUAACCAACGGAAAGAUAAACUCAAGGGAACUGUGAGACUUCUUUUCCAACCUGCUGAGGAGGGAGGUGCUGGUGCAUCUCACAUGAUAAAAGAAGGUUCUCUUCGUGAUGCUGAAGCAAUAUUUGCAAUGCACAUUGAUUGCGACAUACCCACUGGAAGUAUAGCAUCCAUUUCAGGGCCUGUCUUAGCUGCUACAUGCAUCUUUGAAGCAAAAAUAGUCGGAAAAGAUGGGAAUGCUGGAGAUCCCCACACUAGUUUGGAUCCAAUUCUUGCUGCAUCAUUUUCAAUUUUGGCAUUGCAACUGCUCAUCUCAAAAGAAACUAAUCCCCUUGAUAGUCAGGUGCUAUCUGUUACUUACGUCAGAGGUGGCACAGCAUUGGAUACAAUUCCACCAUAUGUUGAAUUUGGGGGCACUGUGAGGAGUCUCACAACUGAAGGCUUGCACCACCUAAGGCAACGGUUGAAAGAGGUUAUUGAGGGACAAGCAGCUGUACACAGAUGUAAUGCAUAUAUCGAUAUGAAGGAAGAAGAUUUUCCGCCAUACCCUGCUGUUGUUAAUGAUGAGAGAUUGCAUCUUCAUGUGGGGAGGGUUGGCAAACUUAUGCUUGGUCCUGAAAAUGUCAAGGUUGGCUCAAAGGUCAUGGCAGGUGAAGACUUCGCCUUCUAUCAAGAACUCAUUCCAGGAGUUAUGCUUAGUAUUGGAAUUAGAAACGAGGAGUUGGGUUCAAUUCACUUUCCGCAUUCCCCUUACUUCUUUCUUGAUGAGGAUGUCCUCCCAAUUGGUGCAGCAUUCCUCACUGCUCUUGCCGACAUAUAUUUGAGUGAGCACCAAUACCCAGUCCUGCAAUAAAAUUUCAGAAUAUGGCGUGGAUAACAUCAAAUACUAAUUCCAUAAUGCUGCAUGCCCUGAAAUUUUCUGGAUAUUCAAGGAAAAUGUAAAUAUGUUUGUGAACAGGAAGUAACAAGAUUCCAUUCGCUUACCAGAUUAGUACUCGUGAAUAUUCUUGUAUGGGAUAUCCGGCCUUGCCCUAUCAGGUUUUCGGUAUUCAUUGUGCAGCAAAGUGAUUCAGAAAUAAAAUUUCACCUACAAAUCCA